GUGGACGUAAGCGCACAGAGGUUUCGAGGGCGGAGUCUGGGUUUGUGCGUACGUAGACAUCUUUCGGAGUACGACCGAGAGCCAGCGACCCUUUUUCCUUUUCCCUCAAGUCUGAACGAUUUGUUUUAUGAUUUUUCUUAUUUAAUUGUUCCACAAAUUUAUUUUAAAUUACUGUAAACAUGGUGGCGAAACAGAGGAUACGCAUGGCGAACGAGAAGCACAGCAAAAACAUCACACAACGAGGGAAUGUGGCCAAAUCAUCAAGAGGCACACAAGACGAAAAAGCGGCAGUAGGACCCUGGCUCCUUGCGUUAUUCGUCUUUGUAGUGUGUGGAUCAGCCAUUUUCCAGAUCAUUCAGAGCAUCCGAAUGGGGAUGUAAGGAGACAAACGGACCACUGCCACCAUCAUUAAAAUCAACAUCUCUCAACAAUCCUCUUUUCUCUUUUCCAACUCUGCUGGCAAGAAUGAAGAUUAACUCUCAGCUCUUCAUGUCUUAUUUAAAAUCUCUAUAGCCAUUACCACAAUACUGAGCUCAUGUGCCUUACAGGAGUGGUGGAGGAAUGAAAAAUGUAAGAACAGCUAAGCCAUAUCUUACCAAACAUUCCAGUGCGACGAACACUGCUGCUGGCACACCGUUAUUAUUACCGCAAACCUUUCUGCUGCUGAUUGUUUCAACAGUGAUUCCGCAGACAGCUGUUCUUUCUUCCCCUGAAGGACUGUUCUUAUACACCAUGACAUGUUUUAACUCGGAUGGGUGCCAAAAUAUCAGGUCUCAAUUUAGGUCAGAGUAACUUGCUGUAAGUAUAGAGAUUUGUCCUGAACUGCAAUACAGUGAUGUUGGUUAUGUGGCGUGAUGCACCUUUUUAUGCAUUCCUGCAAGCGUUUUUUUGCUGUUUAGGACUAAAUUUUUUUGUUGUUUUUUUUGUCAGCUGAAGUAAAUGAAGGUCUUUGAGGUCAGGUUUAUGCAUUGGGCAGCAGCAAUUUGUAAAAUUAUGUAUUUUUCUUUUUUUUUUUUGCUUUCCACACGAAUGAUCUUUAACAAUAAAACAGUUAAAUAAAUGA